AGAAACGUCAUUAUACAUAGGGUGGAAGAUGUCUAUGGAUGUGACGUUUCUGGGUACGGGUGCAGCAUACCCGUCCCCAACCCGGGGUGCCUCUGCGCUGGUCCUUCGGUGUGAGGGCGAGUGCUGGCUCUUUGACUGUGGGGAGGGGACUCAGACACAGCUUAUGAAGAGCCAACUUAAAGCAGGGAGAAUUACCAAGAUCUUCAUUACGCAUCUUCAUGGAGACCAUUUCUUUGGCCUUCCUGGCCUCCUCUGCACAAUCAGCCUGCAGAGUGGCUCUGUGGUCACCAAACAGCCUAUUGAAAUCUAUGGCCCUGCCGGGCUUCGAGACUUUAUCUGGCGAACCAUGGAACUCUCCCACACGGAGCUGGUCUUCCCUUACGUGGUCCAUGAGCUGGUGCCUACAGCAGAUCAGUGUCCUACAGAAGAACAAAAAGAAUUUACGCAUGUGAAUGAAAUGGACAGCCUUCCCAAGGAGGGGCAAGGAAGAACCAUCCUAUUAGACUCAGAGGAAAACUCGUACCUCCUGGUUGAUGAUGAACAGUUUGUUGUAAAAGCAUUUCGCCUCUUUCACCGAAUUCCGUCCUUUGGGUUUUCAGUUGUGGAGAAGAAACGCCCAGGUAAACUCAAUGCACAGAAACUGAAAGACCUCGGUGUGCCUCCAGGUCCUGCCUAUGGGAAGCUGAAAAAUGGAAUUUCUGUUGUUCUGGACAAUGGAGUUACAAUUUCUCCCCAAGAUGUCUUAAAAAAGCCUAUUGUUGGAAGAAAAAUCUGCAUUUUGGGUGACUGUUCUGGGGUUGUGGGUGAUGGAGGAGUGAAGCUGUGCUUUGAAGCAGACCUGUUGAUCCAUGAAGCAACCCUAGAUGAUGCUCAGAUGGACAAAGCCAAGGAGCACGGCCACAGCACACCACAGAUGGCAGCAGCAUUUGCAAAGUUGUGCCAAGCGAAGAGACUAGUUCUGACUCACUUCAGUCAGAGGUACAAACCGGUUGCCUUGGCCAGAGAAGGAGAAGCAGAUGGGAUUGUAGAACUAAAAAAGCAAGCUGAAUCAGUAUUAGAUCUCCAAGAAGUGACUCUAGCAGAAGACUUUAUGGUGAUUGGCAUUCCGAUCAAGAAGUGAAACCAAUAUUCCUGAAUGCGUCCUGACAUGUCUGUGAAUAUGUUACUGAACCAACAGUCAAGUUGGUGGUGGUGGUGGUGGUUGUGAUUGUUUUUGGUCUAAAACUAUUUGGGUCCUAAUAAUCCUAUAAAGGAUAGAGCUUCAUUGCUGAACUGACCCAGCAGUGAGAGGGAGCAAGCUUUUUGAUAAUAAAUCAUUUUUAAAGAAAGAAAAAAACCCAGCAUCCUAUUAAAGCCCAAAUUUGGCAAAAUGAUAGGCUAUUCAGGUAUCCUUCUCAUUUUGUGGCUGCUGCUUCAGUUAGAAGCCAGUACUCCCACGCGAUCCUGGCUCGCUUCUGCCCAGUUUUAUUGCUGUUGUUGGCAAAGUACAAAGGGCUUGGCCCUCCCGGCUAAAAAUGGUAUUUUGGCAGUUUGUUGAAUCUGUUCAUGUUAUUAGCAGAGAAAUGUAAUGAGAUACGGUACAUGCAGGAUUGAAGCUAGCGUAUUAAAUCCUGAUUUGUUUGCUGGUAUACUAAAUGCAGGGUCAGGGUAGGUGUUUAUCCUUCAGUUAAUGUUUCUGGAACUUUCUGGUUUGUUCUAAACCUGUGGGUCCCAGCUGGGAGUGAUGCCACUCCCCUAGAAAUUACGGGGAUGUUUCUUAUCAAAAUGACUUGGGGGCAGGAGAAGAGUACUACUAGAAUUUAGUCAGUAGGGGCCAGGGAUGCUAGAUCCUACAAAGUUUGGGUCAAUCAUAUACAAUGAAAAAUGAUCUUUCCCCAAAAUGCAAAUUGCAGAUCUAUUGAAAUACACAGCAGGUUAAAACUUAUACUCCCGCUGUGAAUGAAUAUACUUUAUCAAAAUUAGUGGCGUGAAUGGAACCACUGGUUAGGUCAAAUUCUGCGACUAACAUUAAAGAAGUGAAGAUGUUGUGAUUUUAUAUAUAUCAAAUAUCAAAUAUUAUUUGACAGCAAUGAGGCAUGAACUGGAACUUACGAAUCUGGAGGUAAAGAAAUGAUAUCAAACUGAGGUUUAAUUUAUGUGUCCCUAUUAAUAAUUCUCUGAGCACUGUGUUAAUAAGCUCGCUUUGCCUUCUGAGCUGCCUUCCACCUCCCUUCUGUCUGCCAUGGAAUAUCUCUGAUUCGUUGACCCACAAUAUUUCUCAAAAUGGGUGACAUGGAAAGCUAGUCGCAAGCACAGGUUCUUUUAAAAGGAUUUCCUAAUCACAGUUUGGGAAACACCGUAUGCUGUAUCUCCCUCUGGAGGUGUUCUGGUGCCCGUCGAUAUAUUAAAAACAGUACUGCUUGAAUGAUCACAAGCCAGUCUCUGGUGCCAGAAAGACAUGAUUUCAGAGUCCCAUUCUGUAUCUUCUUGUCUGGGGCAGGUUACUUACUCUCUGUGAGCUUCAGCUUGCUCACUUCUAAAAUGGAAAAAAUGAUUAGACCUACUGUGUAGGAUCUCUGUGUAGAUUAAAUGAGGCAGUGCAUAAAAGGAAAAUAGCACAUUGCGCACAGGUGUUGAGAAGUUCUGCAGUAGAGGGACCUGUCAACCGUUUUGAACCCCUUUCUCAGUUCUGUUUCACCAUAUACUAGCUAUUGACAUUUCAGGAACCUACAGAGUUUUAUAGUGGACAUACGUAGAAAUUCUAUCACAGUAUAUACUGUUAAAUUCUUCUGCGUUCUGGGGUUUCUCUCAUAAUUCUGAAGCAGUAUCCAGAAUGGUCUGACUACCCUACUCUAGGCUCUUGGGCCAGCAAAAUUUGGCCAACUUAAAGUGUAUCUUGGUUUCUGAACUCAAUUAAAACAAGCAUUUAUUAGACAGCUAAUGUGUGCCCAAACCUGUACAUCGGGGAAUGGCUGCUACUUUAUGGAGUUCUUGAGGGUCAAGACUUGUAUCUUAGUCAUCUCUGCAUUCUUGGAAUUACCCACUCAUAAUAAAUACUCAGAAAUGUUUAUCGAAUGAAAUGAGGCCUUGAUGUCAUGACCUGUAUAAACUUUGAGACCUAAAGUUUAGGACCUGUGCCUAGCCCAUUUCAUUACUGUAUUUGUCCCAAAAAUUUGGUGUUCACAUGAGUACCAAGUAAGUGCCAGUGUUAGGUUUUACUGUACUGGGACUACAUAAAUGAAUAUGAGACAGUUAGGCUCACUGUCUAGGUAGUAGAUACUGAUCGUGAACAAAAGUAAAUAUACCAUUCCUUUACAUAUUAUCUAAUCUUGUAGCCUGGCAUUCAGUUUUGCUGUUCUUGAGCAUAUUUGGUAGCUGACUUGAGCCGUGCCCUUAGAAACAGGCCCUGUUAAUAUGUGAGCUAAGCCCUCAGAGACCAUGGGAAUGUGGGAACAAAUUGAUACGAUGGAUCGAUCAAGCACAGGGAUCAAUUCAUGGGGAGAACUCCUUCUUGGGCUCUCUUGUGGCCUAGAAUUUUGUUCAUACUUGUAGGACACAUUCUAAGACUUUGUGGAGCUAGAGUUAAGAAUGAAGCUUAUACUGGAUGUCCCAGAGCCUGUAAUCUGCUCACGAUUGUAUGACUCUACGAGGGGAUUAGGAGAUGUAUUGUGUAUUGUGCCCCAAACUUACUUGAUCACAACCCUCUUUUGCCAAGGAACAUCUUGGAACAGGGAGAAAUAUUGUUACUUAAUACUUUUUCAAUAUUUACUAUAUUUACUUUUUUUUUUUUACCUGAAUAAUUUAUUGAGGUAAUGAAUUCCAUAUCUACACUUAGUAUUUUCCUUAUCCUAAACUGACUUUUCAAUUGUCAGGAAUCUCCAGGUACCUGCUUACUUUAGAUUUUAAAAAUACACUUUCCAGUUCUGAAAAGGUGUUGAAACUUCCUCAAACAGACCCCAGAUCUCCUGUUUUUCUCAUACUCCUGCUUCUUUAAUAUGCUUUUAAUGAAUUUUUAAUUAUAAAAAGCAGUGUGUGCUCGGUAGAUAAUUUUUUUUAAGGAUUCCAAAAAGAAGAUGAUUACUCAUAAUUCUCCCACCCUGAGAGCAACCACUUCUCCCUCAGUGAUGGUAGGCGUUGGUAUAAGUCAAGGUAGCACAUCAGUGGACAAGGUAGUACGUGGGUGGACAAGGGUGUGUAGGUAGGCAGAAAUCCUUGGACUGUGAUUCCAAAGCCUCUAAUUCAGUUGGUCUGGGGUGGAACCCAAGGAUCUGCAUUUUCAGCAAGCCCUCCAGCUGAUGCUGAGAUAUACGAGUAGCAGACCACAUUGGGACAAAAAACUGGCUUUUUCUAUGCACUAAAAAAAAAAAAAAAAAAAAAACGGGAGCGUGCAUAGAUAUUUUAUAUAUAAACAUGCUAUGUUUAUAUAUGUGUGUAUAUUUUUACAUAUAUAUAGGGUAACCUCAAUUUUUUUUUUUUCAUUUCACAUUGUGAGCAUCUUCCCAUGAUGUUAACUGUUCUCUGGAAGCAUGAAUUUAAUGAUUUUAUAGUAGUCCAUUCUAUAAAUGUCACAUAAUUUAACCAUUUUCCUACUUUGGGGCAUUGAGAUUGUUUUCCAUUAUAUAUAAAUACUACCAUGAAUAUUUUAGGGCGUAAAUCUUUGUAUCUCUGAAUAUUUCCUCAGGGUUGAUUUAUUGGAAGGUGAGAACGUCUAACUGGUUGUUUUAGAUUCUGCAUGGGAAUCACCGGCUUGUUUUCUAGCCCAUAUUCAGCAGCAUGAGACAGGCCUAUUUAUGGGUGGAUGAUACAGUCCAUCAAUUAAUUACCUUUCCAACUUCAAAGACAUUUGUCUUAUAAAGAUUAUUUUGGCCUCCUGCUGCAGAUAGCUUUAUUAUGUCUUUCAGCUUGCACAAUGUAAUUCAAUUGUAAUUUCCUUGAAUAUUCUUAUGCCAACUUCAAAAUUUGAACAGUAUUUACUUAUGGGGUACAAGCCCUUACUGCUUCAAAUAUGUUCAUGAGUGAUGUACAGGGAAGGUACUUUUGUCUUCACAAAGACAUAAAUUUAUAAUGAAAUGUACUGGUUCUGUCCCUAUUGAUUGAUGGAUUUUUCAGGUAAUGAAUGAUUCAGAGUAUUUUUUCUUACAUGGUAAGAAUAAAAAGCAAAUGCUA